AUUGUGAGUCAGGCGGUUUUUAGCGUGCGGCAACAUUUUUUGGACAUCGUUUAAUUUGUUUAAUUUUGUACUAAAACUCGCACAAUAAAAGCGAAAAAUGUCCACAUUGUCGACUCCUUUAUCCAUUGCUGGCACACGUCAGUCUGGCGCAUCAGUGCGCUCACAGAACGUGAUGGCCGCGCUUUCCAUAUCAAAUAUUGUGAAAAGCUCGCUGGGUCCUGUUGGGUUGGAUAAAAUGUUGGUGGAUGAUAUUGGUGAUGUCACAGUUACCAAUGACGGCGCUACCAUUCUGCGUCUACUUGAAGUUGAACAUCCAGCUGCCAAAGUGCUAGUGGAACUGGCUCAAUUGCAGGAUGAGGAGGUUGGCGAUGGUACCACAUCUGUAGUAAUCUUGGCUGCCGAGCUGCUGAAGAACGCCGAUGAGCUGGUGAAGCAGAAGAUACAUCCUACUUCCAUAAUUUCUGGCUAUCGUAUUGCCUGCAAGGAAGCAUGCAAGUAUAUCUCUGAGCAUCUGACUGCGCCCGUGGACGAGCUUAGCCGUGACUCACUAAUAAACAUUGCCAAGACAUCAAUGAGUUCUAAGAUUAUUGGCGCUGAUGCUGAUUUCUUUUCCACAAUGGUUGUGGAUGCUGCACAGGCUGUUAAAAUCACCGACCCCAAGGGACAGACAGCAUACUCCAUCAAAGCCAUCAAUGUGCUGAAGGCGCACGGCAAGUCUGCUCGCGAAUCGGUACUGAUUCCUGGCUAUGCUCUGAACUGCACCAUUGCCUCCCAGCAAAUGCCCAAGAAAAUUGUGAAUGCAAAGAUUGCCUGCUUGGACUUUUCAUUGCAAAAGACCAAAAUGAAGAUGGGCGUCCAGGUGCUUAUCAACGAUCCCGACAAGCUUGAGGCCAUACGUGCUCGCGAACUUGACAUUACAAAGGAGCGCAUCAACAUGAUUCUGGGCACCGGCGUCAAUGUGGUGUUGGUCAGCGGUGGCGUUGAUGAUCUGUGCAUGAAAUACUUUGUGGAGGCUGGAGCUAUGGCUGUGCGCCGCGUCAAGAAGAGCGAUUUGAAGAUUAUUGCUAAGGCAACUGGCGCUGCUUUCCUUACAUCGCUUACCAACAUGGAUGGCGAAGAGAGCUUUGAUGCCUCCAUGGUGGGAGAGGCAGCUGAGGUGGCACAAGAGCGCAUCUGCGACGAUGAGCUUAUACUCAUCAAGGGAACAAAAGCACGUGCUGCUGCCUCGAUAAUAUUGCGUGGUCCAAACGAUUUCUACUGUGAUGAGAUGGAACGUUCCGUGCAUGAUGCUCUCUGCGUGGUGAAGCGUGUGCUGGAAAGCAAGAAGGUCGUUGCUGGCGGCGGCUGCGUGGAGGCAGCACUGUCUAUUUAUCUGGAAAACUUUGCCACAUCGCUGGCAUCCCGUGAGCAGCUGGCCAUAGCCGAGUUCGCCAAGUCAAUGCUGGUCAUUCCUAAAACACUGUCUGUGAAUGCGGCCAAGGAUGCUACCGAUCUGGUGGCUAAGCUGCGUUCUUAUCACAACUCCAGCCAGACAAAUCCCCAGAAUGCCGAACUAAAAUGGACCGGCCUGGAUCUCAUCGAAGGCGUGGUGCGUGACAAUAAGAAAUCUGGUGUUUUGGAGCCCGCCAUGUCGAAGAUCAAGUCGCUUAAAUUCGCCACAGAGGCGGCCAUUACAAUUUUGCGCAUUGAUGACAUGAUCAAACUAAAUCCUGAGGAGAAGGGUGGCAAGAGCUAUGGAGAUGCCUGUGCUGCUGGAGAGUUAGAUGGUUAAGCCUUACAGUAUACAGCAUUUCCUCUACUUGUUUAGGCAUUUAAUCUUAUGUAUCACACCCAUCACAAUCUUUUGGCUCAUUUUUGUAACAACUAGUAACAAUUUAAUUGUUUUGCUAACCAGGAUUUGUAUUAACAACCGCACCCCCUAACAAGCCUUGCUCUCAUUCACACGCAUCUAUCUCCAUGCAUAAUAAACGAAACAAAACAACAGAGUGUACUAUA